AUGCAACACUUACAUCACGAUGAGCUUGCCAUUAAGAAUGAUUUGGAAAAAUCAGCCUGUCUUUCAUAUCUGGCUAUAUCAAAACAGAGUGAUCUGUUGAGGAUGUAAGCCUAAAAGUCAUUACAUCAAGAUGAGGAGUCCUUGGGACAUGAAGGUUUUCACUUUUUAAUUUAUGAAUCUGUUCAAAUCAUCGAUAUAGGGUAUAAGUCUAAGCACAGAAAUCAAAACAUCGCUCAUAUGGUUAUGAAAAAAUAGUAAAUAAAAAUUUUAAUAAAACAUAUCUUUAUUUUAAUUACAAUACCAAAUUAAUCAUAAAUUAUAUUCAUUUAAUAGAAUUAGAAGGUUUAAGAAGGAAAUUUAUAUUUUCUCUAUAUUAAUUUUCAUUUGGUAAUAAAAAUGGAUAAUUAAAAAUCUCCGUUUAUUCACGCUAUGCUAAAAUGCCAAAGAGGCAGUAACUAUGAAGAUUUAAUUUAUUUCAAUGGUUUUGGAAAAAGAUUUGUUAAUUUUCAGGAGCACAUGAAAGGGUAAGUUAUUUGAAAGAUGUGCCUUUAAAAUUUAUUGAUGAUUACUAUAAUUGUGAUAUAGUCAAUAUCCCAAGGGAAAUGAAGUUAUCCUUUGAACUACUUGAAGAAAAAAUAGAUAUCGUUAAACAAACCCCUUAUUCUUCGUUUUCCAACAAUGGAUCGCAUAACAGCAAGGAGCUUAUCAAGUAACUUGGUUUACAAUAUUUAACAUCCACUAAAUUUGAUAAAAAGAAUUUGAUUUCAUGA